AGAAGAAGAGGUGUCCCAUAUCCAUAUUCAAGAGUCAGACAAAACAAAGUUUUAAACAAAAACCCCUUCCCAGAGAUAUGCAUCAAUGGGUUGCACGUUCAUCAGAAAAAUUAUUAAUUUUUCUGGCUUUUCUCGCUGUCAAGAAAUUUAUAUAUUAUCAUUAUAAAUUUAAAUGUUCACGUUUAAUCAGCUUAUCAUAAUCCCUAAUUUCUCUACCUGUAAUUACUAUAAUAAUCAUUUCCCUGCCUGCAAAUGCAAUCCUUCGUCUCUUGAAUUAAUCAGCAAUGUUUGACCCAGAACCCCAAGAAAGUUGACCAGAUUGGUCAUGAGAGCUGAGGUUUUAUGUGGUGGGGCUCAACUCAUGAUUCCUACCAGGUUUUCUGCUGCCAAAGAGGCCGAGGAUGUGUUUUUGGAGAAGACAACAAAAGUUGUGUCGAAAAAGAGUAGCAGAAAGGUUAAGGGCUCCAAAUUUCGCAUGUCGCCUGUGGCAGCCAACUUCAUAAUCAUGACAGAGCUUAGGAACAAGGUUCUUACCUUCAGAGACUUGCUGGAUUUAUCUCCUUGCAUUGGCUCUGCUUCUGUAAACCAGUUGUUGGUGUUGACCCUGAAGGAUCUGUACAAACUGUAUCCUUCCAUCAAGCCAAGAAUUAGAGAGUCAGAGAUUGAAGAAGCACAAAUGCACCAGGCACUGAAUUUCUUCUGUGAUGCUCUCAAAUCAAUUGGGGAAAUGUGGACACACGAUGAUGAAUGGAUGGAUAAAUGCAGAGAUGAUCUGUUCAAACGUGAUCCCAAUCCCAACAACAUGGAACUAUAUGCACUGGGAUUGCUGGAAGAGAUUGUUAAGGUAGCGAGUGAAAGGGUGUUCGAUAUGUCAGAUCUCUCAGAUGAAAAUGAUGACAGCGAUUCGUCGAAUGAAUCCGAGGAGGAAGCUUUGUCUGAUUCUUGUUCGGAUUGGAUAUACCCUGUUUCUUCUUCCCCAAACACCCCAACUUCAGUGCUCCCUGAGAUUCCAAACACGGGUAUAAAGGCUCAUUCUUCCUCGUCCUUUUUUAUGCCACUCAGAGUUGAAGCAAUGGGGAAACUUAAACCCAUUGAUUUAAAGCGCCUCUCGUUCCAAAUGCUCCCUCAUGUAGCCACUCAGGAAUCCAAUUAUGUGAUUCGGAUUGCCAAUACAAACAGCCAAUUCAUCGAAGAAGAAGAAGAAGAAGCCAAGACUGAGGAAAAACUGGAUAAUUCUGCAGUGAAAGUGGUAAUGCCACCGCCGCCGGCGCCGCCGCCUCCUCCUCCGCCGUGUCGUAACAUGGCGACGCCGCCAGCUCCGCCGCCAUCGCCAAUGGCAAAAGGAGGUUCAGCACCUCCUCCGCCUCCUGGAUCGCCUGCCGCCAGAAACCUACUCACCAAGAAACCUACUAAAUUGAAGAGAUCCUCGCAAAUGGGGAAUCUUUACCGACUUCUCAAGGGAAAAAUUGAAGGUUCCAGUUUAGACGGCAAAUCUGGGAGAAAGGGUAAUGUUGGUUCAGGAUCUGGAGGCAAACAGGGAAUGGCUGAUGCUCUAGCAGAGAUGACAAAAAGGUCAGCAUAUUUCCAACAGAUUCAAGAGGAUGUUAAGAACCAUGCCACAGCAAUCAUGGAGUUGAAAACAUCUAUAACAACUUUCCAGACAUCAGACAUGUCUGAGCUCAUUAAAUUCCACAAACAUGUGGAAUCCCACCUAGAAAAACUAACCGAUGAAUCUCAGGUGCUAGCAAGAUUUGAAGAUUUUCCCACAAAAAAGCUUGAGGCAUUGAGGAUGGCUUCAACACUGCAUUCCAAGCUAGAUGCCAUAGCCUCUACGCUGCAGAAUUGGCCAAUAGUCUCCCCUGUCAAUCAACUUCUUCAGAAAGCUGAGGAUUAUUUCAGCAAGAUAAAGCUGGAUUUGGAGAAGCUAGAACAGACCAAAGAUGAAGAAGCCAAGAAACUUGCAAACCAUAAAAUCACUUUUGAAUUCUCCAUCCUCGUACGCAUAAAAGAGUUGAUGGUGGAUGUUUCAUCAAACUGCAUGGAGCUAGCACUCAAGGAGACGAGAGAAGGCAAGGAAAGGGAGGUGGCAGAAGGUUCAAUAAGCUCACCCUGCAGAGGAGGCCAGCAGAAGGAAUCAGCCGGGAAGCUACUUUGGAAGGCCUUCCAGUUUGCAUACAGAGUUUAUACAUUCGCCGGUGGACAUGACGACCGUGCAGACAAAUUGACAAGAGAAGUGGCUCGUGAGAUCGAGACGGAACCUCAAUAACCUUAAACAUACAUAUUCUUAUGUUUCUGCCCACCCUUCAAUUCGCGUACCAAAGAAUCACUGUCGUGUUUGAGACACACACUCAGGAGGAGCCUAGCUAGCUGACGCAUUCAUUUUCACUGCUUCUUGAGCAUGCAUGUGAUAUAGCUAGGCAUAUAUACACUACUUGUGUUUCCAUUUUGGUUUAACCCCAGCAUUACUAGGGGUAUAGUGCAA